UCCGACAGCUCAACUCGUCCCUCGCCAUGACGACUCUCACAUCAAGCCAGUGUCGCCUGGCUCCGCUGAUCCAGGUCAUCCAGGACUGCAGUCACCUCUACCACUUUGCCGUCAAGUUGCUGUUCAAGCUGCACGCCUGUCUCCCUGCUGAUACUUUGCAAGGACAUCGUGAUCGUUUCCACGACCAGUUCCACAAGCUUAAGAACUUCUUCAAUAGAGCCAAAGAGAUGAUCUACUUCAAGAGACUCAUCCAGAUCCCCAAGCUGCCUGAAUCCCCGCCUAACUUCCUGCAUGCAGCCUCACUGGCAAAACACGUGAAGCCAGUGGUGGUCAUCCCCAAUGAGGAUGAACCAGAGAUGCAGGAUGACGACGAUGACGAGCCGGAGCCGCUCAUCGAGGUCGACAACGUCACGACCUCCAGCGUACAGGCUCAGCCGCAGCAAGUGGACAUAUUUGAUCAAACCUUCGGACCUCCAAAUGGAGGCUUUGAUGACAGGGACCUCCAGAUUGAGACCCUUAAGCGGGAACUCGAGCUGUUGAGAGCAGAGCUGGAGAGGGUGAAAGCCGAG